UUCCCUCUCACAUUGCUGUAUUGCAACUUCGUCUGGUCGGUAGGCAUAGGCCGACGGAUAAUCCCGGAUAAGCCGCAAGCAACACCAAUGGCGCCGCCGCUCUUGCUCCUCCUGCUGCUGCCGCUCCUCGCCGUGGCUGCCGAGGCCGUCCCUCCCACGCCGACGCCGCGGUCCAACCCCGCGGCAGCAGCAGGCGGCGGUGCUCCCCCGGUGCCGACGCCGACGCCGUGGCCGGAGCAGUUCCACGCGGUGAUGUUCACGAACCUGACCGAGAGCGGCGGCCGGCUGCAGCUCAUCGACCUCUACUACGACUGGCCCCGCGGCCGCAACCUGAACCUCAUCCGCAACCAGCUCUCCGGCGACCCGACCUACGACGUGGAGUGGACCAACGGCACCUCCUACAUCUUCGACUCCGCCUCCUGCCGCACCAUACGCUUCCCCGUCGGCGUCCUGCCCCCGGACUGGCUCCACGGCGCCGUCUACCUCGGCCGCGAGACCACCGACGGCUUCGACUGCCACCUCUGGACCAAGGUCGAUUUCGUGUGGUACUACGAGGACGUCCUCACCCACCGCCCCGUCCGCUGGAACUUCUUCAAUGGGAUGCAGCAGCAUGUGAUGAGCUUCGAGGUGGGCGGGGUGCUAGAGGACUCCCACUGGCAGGCACCCUCGCACUGCUUCGCUCACGAUGCCGCCGCCACCGCCACCGGAGCCGAUGCGACGAGCAGCCUCCUCAGGCUCGCACGGACGACCGCAGCGGCUGUAACAUCUUCUGCGGCUUAAAAAGUAGAGUUGGAUUCCCACCGGUGAUCUUUACAUUUCAUUAUGGAUCUAUUAUUUAUGCUACUCUUGUGUUGUGUAACAAAUCAAGUGUGGAGCUGGUUUUCGUCUCAGCCUCCUGACAACACCAUGAUGCUUUCAUGGUAACAUUAGCAAAUUAUUUUCAAAUUUGAAGUUCUUUCUUUGAAAAA